AUGUCAUUGUUAACAACUCCAAUGAACAACAGCAUCAUUCUUUCUUUACCACCAAUCGCCUCCUAUCAUCAGCAGGGGGAAAGCACCAUUUCUACCGCAACAAAAGAGAUCGAUCAACUUGCAUGUCAACUAAUGGAGAAGCUCAAUGAGCGUUCUACAGCAAUGGCGAAUGGAGCCCAAUUCCAACUUGCCUUGUGCGAUGCAGAAGCUAUUCGAUUUAUCAACCCAUCCUCUUCACUUGGCUACUUGAAAGCAGGCUAUAUCUAUCAGCAGCAAGGACGACAAAAAGAAGCAGUAGCCAUAUACAAGGAAGGUCUUGUCAAUGUGCCAUCAUCCGAUGCAUGUUACACCAACCUCCAAAUGCAGCUAGCUGAGGCCUCGAAUGCAGCCAACAAGCGUAUUGAUUUCAUCAGUCGACUACCUCUGGAGCUUGUUGUCUCAGGGAUACUUCCUUGGGUGUUUGACAAUUACCAACUAGCAGCCGACAAGCGAUGCCCAUAUCUUUACGUCUCACGCACAUGGCGAAAGCGUAUCUUGGAUUGCAACAACUUGAGCUUUGACGUCGAUUGUGUAUAUAAGAAACCGCCUUUACAUUAUCAAGAGCUUGAGCGAUUUGCUGCACAUGUGAAAACAUUGUCGAUGGAAGCAGCGAGGACGGCAUCGUAUGAGGAUCCUCUUUGA